CUCUAUUAAAGGACUAACGAACUUCUCAUUCAUCGGCAGCAGGCAUCGGUUUAUUCGGGAAGUGUAUCAUGUUGGUACACAUUUAGCAUUUAGUUUUCAGUGAAAUGACACGAGACACGGAUAAUGUUGUUGUGUGUUCUUCAAUGGGUACGCUCGUCGUACGAUGUUUCCAAAGCAGCACCGACGGCACGUUAAACGAACAUGCGUGCACGAACUCGGGUCUAGCAGUCUGAUAUCAGCCUGAUGACGUCGCUGUUUCAAGUAUGACGUGACAAAACGGAGGAUAUGAAUGUUGUCACGGUAAACUGGCGUCUGACAGCAAGUUUCCUCAAUUAUGAGCAUCAACCAUGCUGGCAGUCACGGGCAAAUAUUUGGGACGUCCAACUGAAAGACUACGUUGUAGAAGGCAUGCUAUAAAAUUUUUGGUAACCGUUAUGGCGUCGACGAAAUGCUGGGACCCAGAAGUGAUUUUGUUCAAGAAAAAUGAUGCUAGGAACGUUAUUAUGAUCCCAAACCAGCCAAUUAAGGAGGGCGUGGCAGAGUUCCUGAAAACAUCCUGGAACAAGGCUGUCUUGAGAAUGUGCAUCGACGGCGGAGCAGAAACGCUCGUCCGAGUCAUGGGUCAGUGCGUCGAUAACUUUGUUCCAGACUACAUCACCGGUGAUUUUGAUUCGGUGUCAAAGGAUACAUUGGAGCUUUUCAAGGGCAAGGCACGGCAUUUAUCAUCUGAUAGGCAUUUGAUAGGCUCGGACCGUCUACCCAAGCCACACACACACCCUGGAACAACAAUUGUUCAUACCCCGGACCAAGAUGACACAGAUUUCACAAAAGCACUGAAGGUGUUGAAAGAAGUGUCUGAGUCAAGGUCUCUGCAGGUAGACCACGUGAUCGUCCUAUGCAGCAAUUUCGACCGUGUGGACCACAUGAUGGCGCACUUCAACACGCUUUUCACGAGCAUGGAAUUCUUGCGCGUCCCAGUCUUUCUCUUCAUGGGAGAUUCCCUGACGUGGCUCUUGGCAGCGGGCAAGCAUGAAAUCUCCACCCCGAAGCACGUGUACGGAGAAUGGUGCGGUCUAAUUCCUCUCGGAGAGCCCUGUCAGAAGGUCACCACGACGGGCCUCAAAUGGAACUUAAACAAUUCAGAGAUGCGUUUUGGAGGAAUGGUCAGCACGUCCAAUACCUUCAGUGGCCUGGAUGUGGUCACCGUGGAGACCGACAGACCUCUCCUGUGGACGAUGGCUCUCGCACCAGGAUUUAGCGGCGCUCAUCGUAGCGUGUGACUAAAAGUCUACUCUUGGCACAACAUCGCCAUAUUUUGUCCCGCACAAAACGGCGAUAUCUGUUAAAACUUUGCGCCAAAUGCAAAGCCUGCGAUGAUAUUGCAGAUUUAGAUCGUAUUACAAAUUGUUUGAAGAACAUACAGUAUUUUUGUAGAAUGAUGCUCGAAUAAAAGGCAGAUUUUUCCAAGCA